UCCUAUAAAACGCGCUGUCCCCUCCCACCGUUUCCUUCAUCAAAUCUCUCUCCCUCCCUCUCCUCUCUCUCUACAUGGCCAAGCCUCGCAACGCGGAAGAAAUGACUCCCAAACGUAAACCUAGCGCCGUCAGCGGAGUUAACGGCGGCGACGAGGCCCGUUUCAGAGGCGUCAGGAAGCGGCCGUGGGGCCGCUACGCUGCCGAGAUCAGGGAUCCCGGCAAGAAGAGCCGAGUCUGGCUUGGCACCUUCGACACCGCGGAGGAGGCAGCGCGUGCCUACGACGCCGCGGCUCGGCAGUUUCGCGGCCCCAAGGCCAAGACGAACUUCCCUGCCGCUCCCGAGCUCGUCGGAGUCGUCGAUAACGGCAAGAUCGUCCCGGUCGUCGCGGUUGAAAACAACGCCAACGCCACCAGCCGGAGCCCUAGCCAGAGCAGCACCGUGGAAUCUUCUAGCUGCACGCCGCCGGUGCCCGCCGUCUCUCUCCAGGCGCUGUCUCUCGAACUCAACCUGACGAACGUCGGCGGCGGAGGCCGCUUUCCCAGUGUCUUCUCGCCGGCGCGCCCUAUGUUCUUUUUCGACUCUCUUUCCCGUUCCGAGAUCUUGAAUAACCACCUCAACAUGUACAGAUUCAAGCAGAAGGCGGCCGAUGUGCAGCGUACAAGCGCCGUUCAGGUCCUGAGUGACUCCUCCUCCUCCUCCGUUGUAUAUAACGACUCCGACCGUAGUCCGUCGAGCAAACUCCUGAAUUUCGACCUCAACCUUGCUCCUCCGGUGGAGGACGCCUGAUUUCACGGGAUCCUUCUCCUUCACCGCCGUCGAAAAUCUGACUUGUUUUUUGAUUUCUCCUUUCCGGCAUAAAUUAAUCGAUCUUUUUUGUUUCCUAAACUGAAUCAGAUCGAAUAAAUACGGAAAUCCUUUUAGAGAUAGAAUGUAAAGUGAUAACGCAGCCUGACAAUUAACCGAUGAAAACUGAAUUUUAGCAAUGGAUGAACGAUGAAUUUUUCA